CAUGGCGCCGCCUCCAUCUCCUCCCGCUGCCGCCUCGGGUCCUUCUCCGCCCCGCCCCGAGAGCCCGGCCACGACCCGCCGCCGAUCCGGGGGAAAAGCUGUCUGCCCACUGGUGAGGAUCAGUGAGAACUGAGCUGCUGAUGGCACAUGCAGCAUGGGAAUAGCCAUCUUCAUGUUGCUGGAUUGCUAAUCAUCAUCCAAUCAGUUUUGAGAUUGCAUUGGAGUAAGGCAGACACUAAUAUUCUAGGAAGAAGCCAAGUGUGACAGGAUGUUUGGACGAUGAUGAUGGCAAGGAAGCAAGAUGUUCGCAUUCCCACCUACAACAUCAGUGUGGUGGGGUUGUCUGGGACAGAAAAAGAGAAAGGACAGUGUGGCAUUGGGAAGUCUUGCCUGUGCAAUCGGUUUGUACGACCCAGAGCAGAUGAUUUCCAUUUGGACCACACUUCAGUUCUUAGCACGAGUGACUUUGGAGGAAGGGUUGUUAAUAAUGACCACUUCUUGUACUGGGGAGAAGUUGUGCGUUCUUUGGAGGACUGUGUGGAAUGUAAAAUGCAUGUUGUGGAACAGACUGAAUUUAUUGAUGACCAGACUUUUCAGCCUCAUCGCAGCACAGCCCUGCAGCCCUACAUCAAAAGGGCGGCUGCAACAAAACUUGCAUCAGCUGAAAAGCUCAUGUACUUUUGCACUGAUCAGCUUGGGCUGGAGCAGGACUUUGAACAGAAGCAGAUGCCGGAUGGGAAGCUGCUGGUAGAUGGCUUUCUUCUCUGCAUCGAUGUCAGCAGAGGCAUGAACAGGAGCUUUGAUGAUCAACUCAAGUUUGUUUCGAAUUUGUACAAUCAACUCACAAAAACGAAAAAGCCCACUGUGGUUGUUUUGACAAAGUGUGAUGAAGGAGUAGAGCGGUACAUUAGAGAUGCACACACUUUUGCCUUAAGCAAAAAGAACCUCCAGGUGGUGGAGACGUCUGCCAGAUCCAAUGUGAACGUUGACUUGGCUUUCAGCACUUUAGUGCAGCUGAUCGACAAAAGCAGGGGCAAAACUAAAAUUAUCCCUUACUUUGAGGCUUUGAAGCAGCAGAGCCAGCAGAUUGCUGCUGCAAAAGAUAAGUACGAGUGGCUGGUGAGCCGAAUUGUCAAAAACCACAAUGAGACUUGGUUGAACGUCUCACGAAGAAUGCAGUCUUCUUCCGAGUAUCAGGAUUAUGUGUAUCUGGAAGGGACACAAAAAGCCAAGAAGCUCUUCCUGCAGCACAUUCAUCGCCUCAAACAAGAACAUAUAGAGCGCAGGAGGAAGCUGUAUCUUGCUGCUUUGCCCCUUGCUUUUGAUGCUCUUGUUCCAGACCUGGAUGAAAUCAACCACUUGAGCUGCAUAAAAAUGGAGAAGCUGUUGGAGACUAAACCGGACUUCUUAAAGUGGUUUGUUGUUCUUGAGGAGACUCCUUGGGAUGCCACUAGCCAUAUAGACAACAUGGAGAAUGAACGGAUUCCAUUUGAUCUGAUGGAGACCAUGCCUGCUCAGCAGCUCUACGAGGCCCAUCUAGAGAAGCUGAGGAAUGAACGAAAAAGGGCAGAAAUGAGAAGAUCCUUCAAAGAGAAUUUGGAAACUUCCCCUUUCAUAACACCAGGAAAACCUUGGGAGGAAGCUCGCAGUUUCAUCAUGAAUGAGGAUUUCUAUAUGUGGCUUGAGGAGUCUGUCUACAUGGAUAUUUACAGUAGACAUCAAAAGCAAAUUAUAGAGAAGGCCAAGGAGGAAUUUCAGGAGCUGCUUUUAGAAUACUCAGAACUGUUCUAUGAGCUGGAGCUUGAUGCCAAACCAAGCAAGGAGAAAAUGGGUGUCAUUCAGGAUGUGCUGGGCGAAGAACAAAGAUUUAAAGCACUACAAAAGCUACAAGCUGAGCGAGAUGCCCUGAUCUUGAAGCACAUUCAUUUUGUGUAUCACCCAACAAAGGAAACUUGUCCCAGCUGUCCAGCUUGCAUAGAUGCUAAAAUCGAGCACUUGAUAAGUUCCAGGUUUAUAAAGCCAUCUGAUCGCAAUCAGAAAAACUUGCUGUCAGAUUCCAAUAUAGACAGAAUCAAUCUAGUCAUUCUUGGUAAAGAUGGACUUGCACGUGAGCUAGCAAAUGAGAUUCGAGCUCUUUGCACAAAUGAUGACAAGUAUGUGAUAGAUGGGAAAAUGUAUGAGCUCUCCUUGAGACCGAUAGAGGGUAAUGUCAGACUUCCUGUUAAUUCUUUCCAGACACCAACAUUUCAGCCACAUGGUUGCCUCUGCCUUUAUAACUCUAAGGAAUCUCUGUCUUAUGUUGUUGAAAGUAUUGAAAAGAGUAGAGAGUCAACCCUUGGCCGAAGGGACAACCACUUAGUUCAUCUUCCCCUGACUCUGAUUUUGGUGAAUAAAAGAGGAGAUACCAGUGGAGAAACACUACACAGUUUAAUACAGCACGGACAGCAGAUUGCCAGUAAGUUACAGUGUGUCUUCCUUGACCCUGCUUCUACUGGCAUUGGAUAUGGGCGUAAUAUUAAUGAAAAGCAAAUCAGUCAAGUUCUCAAAGGCUUGCUCGACUCAAAGCGAAACUUAAAUCUGAUGAGCUCAACAGCAAGCAUUAAAGAUCUGGCUGAUAUCGACCUUCGGAUUGUCAUGUGCUUGUUGUGUGGAGAUCCUUUUAAUGCAGAUGAUAUCCUUCUACCUGUUCUUCAGUCCCAAACCUGUAGGCCUUCCCAGUGUGGAAGUAGCAAUUCUGUGUUACUUGAGUAUCCCAUAGGACCACACAAGAGGCGUAUAGAACUCUCCUUGCUUUCAUACCAUUCCUCUUUUAGCAUUAGGAAAAGCUGGUUGGUCCAUGGCUAUAUUUUAUUUUAUUCAGCUAAACGUAAAGCAUCUUUGGCAAUGUUACGUGCCUUUCUUUGUGAAGUGCAGGACAUUAUCCCUGUUCAGAUAGUGGCACUCACUGAUGGCUCAAUAGAUGUUUUAGACAAUGAUUUAAGCAGAGAACAGUUAACUGAGGGAGAAGAAAUUGCCCAGGAUAUAGAUGGAAAGUUUACGACAAUACCUUGUAGUCAACCUCAGCAUAAACUAGAGAUUUUUCACCUGUUUUUUAAGGAUGUUGUGGAGAGAAAAAACAUAAUUGAAGCCACCCACAUGUACGAUAAUGCUGCUGAAGCCUGCAGUACAACAGAAGAAGUGUUCAAUUCCCCCCGAGCUGGUUCACCUCUUUGUAAUUCAAACCUUCAAGAUUCAGAAGAAGAUAUUGAACCUCCAACCUACAGCCCUUUCAGAGAUGACACGUCCAUGCCCACUUUGUCCAAAGAUCUUUCUAAACUUUCCAUGGAACUGGAGGGGAAUGAUGGUCUUUCUGUCUUUUCUGUUAUGAACACUUUUGAAAGCAAAUUGAACAACAAAAUACCUCCGCCAGUGAAACCAAAGCCCCCUCACUUUGAUAUUACAAAGGGGGAUCUUUCCUAUUUGGAUCAAGGGCAUAGGGAUGCACAGAGGAGGUCUGUGUCUUCUACUAGCUGGCCACCUACAGAUGGCUUUGACCCUUCUGAUUAUGCAGAACCCAUGGAUGCAGUCGUGAAACCAAGGAAUGAGGAGGAAAAUAUCUACUCUGUGCCUCAUGACAGCACCCAAGGCAAAAUUAUCACCAUUCGUAACAUUAAUAAAACCCAGUCAAAUGGUAGCGGCAACGGGUCAGACAGUGAAAUGGACACAAGCUCCCUGGAACGUGGCCGAAAGGUGUCCAUCAUUAGUAAACCAGUGUUGUAUCGGACAAGAUGCACAAGGCUUGGGAGAUUUGCCAGUUACAGGACCAGUUUCAGUGUAGGGAGUGAUGAUGAAUUGGGGCCAAUUAGGAAGAAAGAGGAAGACCACACUUCCCAUGGAUAUAAGGGAGAUAAUGCUGUCAUUCCAUAUGAGACUACUGAUGAAGAUCCAAGGAAAAGAAACAUCUUACGUAGCUUGAGGAGGACAACAAAGAAACCAAAGCCUAAACCUCGGCCAUCUAUCACAAAGACUACAUGGGAAAGCAACUAUUUUGGGGUGCCUUUGUCUGCUGUAGUGACACCAGAGAAACCCAUUCCUAUUUUUAUUGAGAGAUGCAUUGAGUACAUUGAAGCAACAGGGUUGGGCACUGAAGGUAUCUAUCGGGUGAGUGGAAACAAGUCUGAGAUGGAAAGUUUACAGCGGCAGUUUGAUCAAGAUCACAAUCUGGACCUUGCAGAGAAAGACUUCACUGUUAAUGCUGUAGCUGGAGCCAUGAAGAGCUUCUUCUCAGAACUGCCUGACCCCCUGGUACCUUACAACAUGCAGAUCGAACUGGUGGAGGCCCACAAGAUCAAUGACAGAGAGCAGAAGUUGCAUGCACUUAAAGAGGUGCUGAAGAAAUUUCCCAAGGAAAACCACGAGGUCUUCAAAUAUGUUAUCUCUCACUUGAACAAAGUGAGCCACAACAGCAAAAUCAAUCUGAUGACAAGUGAGAACCUCUCCAUUUGCUUCUGGCCCACCUUGAUGAGGCCCGACUUCAGUACCAUGGAUGCUCUCACCGCUACGCGUAUUUAUCAGACAAUCAUAGAACUCUUCAUCCAUCAGUGUCCCUUCUUUUUCUACAAUCGGCCGAUCAUUGAGCCCCCUGGUGCCAUGCCCAGUUCUCCCUCUGCUAUUCCUGCCAGCACGCCUUUCCUCUCCUCAACACCUGUGAUAGCCCAGCCAUCCCCUCCACAGACUCCUCCUCCCUCACCACAGUCUCCUCUCCAGCCCCUUCUUCCACCCCAGCUUCAGGCUGAGCAGCACACACUGUGAACCUUGGCACAGGAGGAAAUCGAGGUCUACUUCUCUUUGUACAUGUGGAACAGAGACUGGAAACUCAACCCCGCCAUCUGUUUGGCCCUCUCUCCCCCCACACCACCUGUUGCAAACUUCAGUGGCCUGAUAGAAGAGCAGGGACAAACUGGAGCAUCAGACAGUUGUGACGCCUUGGUUGUGCCUCAGUGCCUGGCACGGAAGGACCUGCUGGGUCAAGGAUGGCGACGGACAUUCCUUGGAGCAGGAAGGGUCUGGACCUGUCUUUGAAUGCUGGAUUUGAUCGGUUCUUACCCAAUCACACCUGUAGAAUUCAUGUGAAUACUGCCAAGCUCAGCUGGAUGGGUCUUCAAUUGGUCGCUUUGGAUGAGUGUUUGGGAAUCUGUCCUGUGCAUGAAGGGAGAAGAACUGCUAGAGCCUGACAAGAUAUGGAGACCUCCCCCAAACACAUUCCAUGAGCUAUAACCAAGGCGUGUUGUGCACUGCUGGACAUCUUGCCUCUUUGGGGGACCAUCCAUCAUUUUAGCUUAGACCAGCUCUCACCAUCCCAGUAUAGCUGCUCGGAAGGUUUGGACCAACACAUUGGAAAGAAAGGCUUCUUUUAUGUUUUGGCAAAGCUGGAAUAGAACUUUCUCUUGACUUUUAAGUAGUGGCCAAUCAUAAAGGGGGGAGAAACUUACCUUGAAACAACAAAAAAAUGAGGAACACUUUUUCUAGCAUCCCCAUGAUCUGCUGGUUGGGUUGUUUUUAAUCUGGCAAAGUAGUGUGGGACAAUGGCUCCUUUUUACUUGAGCAGAUAAUUUGUGUGGCAGAGGUUCCCUGGCAGGGUGGGGUGAGGAUAGUCCAGGUUUGGUCUGGCUGGUUCUGCUGUCUUCAUUUGACAAAUCAUUAACAUCUCUUGCCGCAGACCCCCCCCCCCCCGUCUCCUGCAAAAUAUUGGUGUUGGCACUUAACAGAGGAGAGAGUGUAAGGUGAGUGUGUGUUUUGCAAACACAGAUGAUGAUUUGCUGUCAGACUUGGGAUUUAAUUCCCGUAGAACACUAUGUUAACAGACACUGUUGCUAAUGUUUGUGUGUGAGAGUGUGUGUGGGCACGGGCUUGGAUGCAAGUGAUGUGACUAGUACCAUAGCUUUUUAAAAAUGAUGCAGGAAUGAAGUUGAGGGAAGUGCAAGCCAAUAUUUUCCCCCCAAACCUUAGAGUUGCAAGUAGUGGGCCAGGAGAAGAGCAUCGCCGGAGCUAUUUUGAAAGCCCUCUGUUUCCAUGUUGCUGUGGUCUUCUGGAGUGGCUGAGUACCUGGUAGUUUUGGAGGCAGAGAGCUGAGCUGGAAAUACCUCUUAAAAAGAGACACUCAUUAAGACUUUGUUUCUGGUCACUCCUACCCAAAUGCUCUAAGUGGCCUGAUGGGUUCUAGGGAGCAGACUCCUGAUCCAUUCUCUCCUUGAUGACUCAGUGCAUGGAGUUGGUUUCCAUGAUGAAGGUGGUUCAGGGAGUGACUGUGUCAUGGGAUGGUAGCAUGUGUGUGUGGGAAUGACGGCAAGUUUUUAAAGCCUUUGGGCAAAACGUAAAGCACUAGGAUUAGCUGCCUUUCCAGCAUCACUGAAAGUGGUCAUGAGUCAUAAGUGCAAUGCAUGGACCUUCUUUACAUGCUGUUACUGAGCUGCUUCUGCCACUCCCCCCCACCUCUGAUUUCAUGCAGUGUGUGUGUUUAUGUGCCCUGGCACCACUCUGUGGUACACCCUGUCUCAGUGCACUGGCUCUUGCCCUUUGCCCACACCUGAAGCCACUGUAUGUUCAUAUCAGCUCUUAAACUAACUGUGGUCUUUUCCUCACCAGGGUGCCUGUUGGGCAUGCAGUGCACCCAGCUUUGCUACUGUGUGACCUGUUUCUUUCCUUGCAUUUUCUGUGGGUUUAUGUGCAGGAAAGAGGCAAGAAGUGAACCACUUGGGAUACUCAAUGUUUCCUGUGCAGGCACCAUUGAAUGGAAUGGUGGCUGUAUAUCAGCAGUGCCUGGCAAACUGUCCUGUGUGUGUGUGUGCGUGCAUGUGAAGUGAGUGUGUUUGGGGGGUGGGGGAGAGAGAGAAAUCUACUUAUUCUCAGUAACAUGGCAGUUUUAACUAGAAUUUCCACGGUACCCCUGGGAGGACACAAGGGCGUAAUCCCUAUGCCACCCUUUCUGUCUCUUCGCACUUUAAAACAGAACCUGUGGUUUACUGCUAUUUUUAACAUUUCAAGGAUGUUUGUGUUAAAUUCAGUAGGCCGGGGGGGGGGAGGGGAGAGAAACCCCAAUCCUUUCCAAAACAAAAUUUCACCUUUAUUCUGCCUCUUUCCAGCAUACAGAACCCAAUCUUAAGCAAACUGACUCUCUCCUAUAAAAAAGCUGAAUUACGUACUCCUUAUUUUAGAACCACAUUUAAAAUUCUUAUCUAUGUCAGAAUUAUGUGAUUGGAAACUUCCCUUGCAAGCAUUCCUCACAAGUUUUUAUAUUCUCAUACGCUAAUGAAGCUUUUGUGUAAAUAACAAACUUCUUUUGGUUUGUUUAGACUGUAAAAAGGAAAGCAGGCUGUUCCACCAUCCUUUAUGCAUGCAUAACGCUAGAGAAAAAUCCCACAGGGGGAGGAGGAAGAGGAGCAUAAAGGGGCUGGAAAAGUUCCUGUCUGACUUGCACCUGACAAAGAUGAGGGUCACUUUGGCUGUGGUCCUUGGGCUGGUGAGCAUUGAGUUUUCCUACCUGGUGUGUCAUUUCUGUGCCUUCUCUAAGGAUCUAAUGCCAAACAUCUCCCUCUGAAGGACCUCUUAUUAACAACUGUUUGGAUUUAGGAUGCUCUUCCUUGCUAGUAUAUAUCUUGCUUGGUCAAUGAGAUAUUCGACUGAACCACCUCCCACCACUUUGGGCUGCUGCCCCUUGAAUCUUCCACCACAGCCUAAUUAUUGCUUGCUGAUUCAGGAUGAUUUCUAACUCCUGCUAUUUUGUGAGGACUACACACAAACAUAUAAUCUCUUUCUCUCUCCCUCCCUCUCCCUCCAC